GUCUCUGGAAGAGUAAGGGAUGUUGGGUCAUGUCAAAUGAUUAUGGCUAUUUAAAAUAUAUUUUAUGUACUUUUAAAGUGAGUAGUAAUUAGUCUCCUCAUAAAGCCAAGAUUUUGUUCUAGAACGAUUCAUCCGGGUGCGGGAUUAUAUUGACCUUCACCUUCCUUCACUGAGUGUAAACAGGAAAGCAGUUUUAAAUGAGUUGGUUUAACAGAUUUACCACUCCCAGAAGGAGCGUUCUUUCCAUAUCAGCAGAGAAAGACUUUGAAAGGGAAAAAAAGAAACUAGAAAUUCUAGAUGAAAGGAGUAAGAAGCUAUAUAAGGACAUGAAGAGAUGUACAGAAGCUGCUGCAGCACUGUCUAAAUGUGAAAGUAAGAUGAGUCAGGAUUUAGUGGCCAGUUCCUUAUGCCAGAGUGAACCAGACCUUUUGUUACUAGUGGAGGAUUGGAAUGCUGCUGUUGUAAGGCUGGAUCUUUUAAUGCAGGAGAUGAACACGAAUGCCCAAAAGGCUGUUGUUGAGCCCAUGAAAAAGUUCAACAGUGUGUUCCCCAGUGUCCAGUCUGCCAUUAAGAAACGAGAGCAGAGUUUACAGGAAUACAAUAAAUGCCAGUCAAAGGUUGAAAAAUAUCAGGACAGAGAGAGAACUGGGCCCACUGUUGUCAAAUUGGAAAAUGCAAAGAAGGCCCUGAAUGCAGCUAAAGAGGAGUUUGAGUACCUGAACAGCCAGUUGAUGGAAGAUAUGCCAAGGCUUUAUGAAGGCAGGAUGGAAUAUUUCAGGCCUUGUUUUCAGGCACUGAUCAGAUCUCAGGUGGCUUAUUUUACUGAAGCUUUUAAAAUUUAUACAGAAUUAUCUUUACAAUUCAACAAAGUAACUGAAGUUCCUCCUGAUGAAAAAUAUGACACUAGCCUACAACAAAAACUAUCUGAAAUCAAGUCGUUAUCCAUAGUAGCAGAUGACUGAGAAAGUCGAAAUCCCAUACCAGUAAAAUGACAACCAUAGAAAUGCUUAUUCAAGACCUAGUUCAAUAAAAAAAGUCCACAUAGAAACCAGA